UUUGCUAUUGUGACAUGCGUAAGCAAUAAAUAAGCAAAUGUGUAAUAUACAAACCUUGGAGUACAGUUUACAGAAUAUCAUUAAUUUCUAUUUAAAGUGCAGAACAAGCUAAAAGUCGUGAAUGCAUAAAUCACUUUUAAUUUCUGCGCAUAUCUAUUAGAUUUCUUCUGAUGUAAACACUUAACGAGCCAACCGGUAAUUCUUGUGUGUACACACUGGCAGGGGGCCAACAGCUGUUUUAUAAGGCAAAGAUUAUACAAACGGUUGAUUGUGAAGAGAGCUGUAAAUUGUUAAUAACAAUUUCAACAACAAGUUUUAAAUGUUGCGCACAUUUGGCUCGUUGCGCGUGCACUGCCAGCAGCUGCUGAGGCAGACAAACAAGCAGCACUUGACGACGCGAACGUGUCGCAAACAGUCAACACUUGGUGGCAACCGCAACGAUCCAGAUGCAGCACGUAAAUUACGCUCAAAGUCUACACUGUACUACAUAACUGCAGGCGGAGUGCUGAUUGUGGGAUUCAGCUAUGCGGCUGUGCCACUGUACAGCAUAUUUUGUCAAGCAUAUAGCUAUGGUGGCACCACCUCGCAAGGUCAUGAUACCGAGAAGGUGGAGCACAUGGUGAAAGUGAACGAUCGCGUUCUCAAGAUACGCUUCAAUGCCGACAUUGGCUCUUCCAUGCGCUGGAACUUCAAACCGCAGCAGUAUGAAAUUAAAGUUGCGCCCGGCGAGACAGCGCUCGCCUUCUAUACGGCCAAAAAUCCGACGGACAAGCCGGUGGUUGGCAUUAGUACCUACAAUGUGAUACCCUUCGAGGCGGGUGCAUAUUUCAAUAAAAUCCAAUGCUUUUGCUUUGAGGAGCAAAUGCUUAACCCUCACGAGGAAGUGGAUAUGCCUGUAUUCUUCUACAUUGAUCCAGAAAUCACGCAAGAUCCGGCGCUCGAGUAUUGCGACACCAUUACACUAUCCUACACGUUCUUCGAGGCCAAAGAGGGCUUAAAACUUAACUUUCCCACAUAUGCUAAACCUCAUGCAGCUAGUGCAUAAAAUAUUCUCUGUACAAAUAUUUAAAAUAAAUCGUUGUUACAUUUUUAAA